UGAGCGCGCCUUCCUUUUCCCUUGGAGAUUGCAGAGUGUGCAGUGGAUAGUUGUGCUUCUUUUGCCAAGUGUUUCGGGAUGCCUAAAAAAAAGCGGCCCUCCUUGGGAGCAGUCACUCCGAAAGCAAGGAAAGUCCGAUUACUGCGGGCUGCUGAGACGGCUGGACAGCGCGAGCAGCGGCUUGAGAAAGAGCGGGAACGGUCCCGCAAAUCGAGGGCGGCAGAGACCACGGAGCAACGCAGCCUGCGGCUGAAGAAAGAGCGAGACAGAGCCCGCAGGACGAGGGCUGCGGAGAACGCGGAGCAACGGGAGCAGCGACUUCAGAACGAGCGGGAAAGGGCCCGGGUCACGAGGGCCGCAGAGACGCCGGAGCAACGGGAGCGCCGGCUCGAGAACGAGCGGGAAAGGGCCCGGGCCAUGAGGGCCGCAAGGCAUUCCAGCGUGUCAUUGGACUGCUAUCACUACGACGAUCCAUCUAAUGUUAUUAUCGGACGAGAAGACCAGAUCUGCCAGCACUGUCACGUCAAGGUGUUCAAAUUGUAGCCGGGUGGCAUCCGGAGUCACCAUUAACAAGGCACAGUCAUCCAAGUGAUGUGUUUUCGGAAACCUGGUUAUGACAGCCUUGCCUUCAUGAAGGGGAGAUAAUAAGGACAGGGGUGUAGAAACGGCCUUUGUAAGAUGGUGAGCCUGGAGCAUAAGGUGUUUUGCGUCCUGCAGUUCACCAAGACUGGAUCGGUCACGGUGGUGCGGCGUGCCUUUCGAGGGCAGUUUGGCACCAAUCCUCCGACGCCAAAGAGCAUUCGGCGCUGGUACAGACAGUUUGAGGAAACAGGCUCUCUGCAUAAAGGAAAGAGCACGGGGCGGCCACGCACUUCAGAGGAAAACGUGAGACGGAUUCAACAGAGUUUUCUGGAAAGCCCACUCCAGUCCACUCGCUGCGCCAGCCGGGAGCUGGCCAUCUCGCACACGACCGUCUGGCGCAUCUCGAGGCAACAACGUUCAAUAGCGAAGCCGUGCCGGUUGCAACUGGCAUGGCCCCUUCGUGCAGGAGACAAAAGGAAGCGCGUGGAAUUGAGUGACGUGAUGUUGCAGAAUGCGGAUGGCUUAGAGCGAUUGGUUUUUAGCGGCGAAGCCACGUUUCAUCUCGGUGGAGAAGUUGGCCAUCACAAAGUGCGUGUCUGGGGAUUGAAAAAUCCACCUGAAACUGUAGCGAAUGAGUCCAGUUCUCCCCAAGUGACCGUGUUUUGCGCCGUUUCGCAUAAAAAGAUUUAUGGCCCGUUCUUUUUUGAGGGGAACGCGGUGACAGGGCAAACGUACCUCCGAAUGCUGCAGAACUGGCUCUUUCCGCAACUUCGUGAUGAUUGCGAUGACUUUGUUUUCCAACAAGACGGAGCGCCGUGGCAUCGGCACCCACAGGUCCGGCGUUUUCUAAAUGCAACGCUGCCUCAACGUUGGAUCGGCCACACUGGGCCCCAAGACUCGGCGCUCUUCUCCUGGCCCCCCAGGUCUCCGGACAUCACGCCCUGUGACUUCUUCCUCUGGGGAUACGUCAAAGACUGUAUUUUGGUGCCACCGUUAGCAACCGAUUUGGAAGGCUUCAAAGACAGAAGCACGGCAGCAGUGCUUUCGGUGGAAGAAGACACUUUGAGAGGCGUUUGGGACAAACUCCGCUGUCGCCUGGAUGCUGUCCGUGCAGCAGGUGGGGGGCACAGAGGGCACUCAUGAAACGGUGUGUCUUCGGCAACUGGAUUAUGAGAGCCUGCUUUCAUGGAGGGAAGGCAAUAGCAAGCCAGACUCUCAGAUGGCUUUUCUAAGAUGGAUGGAGUGGAAAAAUGGGUGACGCUCAGACUGCAGAGCCUGAAGGGACAUUUCAGGUCAUUUAAUCCAGCUCUUUAGAGUCCCCUCUUAUAAAUGGCCACCCAACCACUGUUUAACCAAUGGAAGUAAGGCUAUGUGCCAGGGUUCAUGUGCAAAAGGACUCACUUUGGAUCCCAGUGGGAUAUUUUUGUUUAUGUGGGUCUUGAUCUCACGGGCCCUUCUUGAAGAGUAAAUCAUAUUAGCAAUGCACAGACAUCUGCUCUUAAGCUGGCACUUAAAUGCUAACAAUGAAGCCCUUUGGAUUUCUAUGCGCAGCAGGUGGGAGUCCCCUUUGUAAGGCAGCAAAGUGCAAACUGUGUUGUUUCUCGGAUUUUCACGAUUUGGAGCACUUAUGCUGACUUCUACAUUUCCCAAACCUGGAUCAAUGGAAUGCAUUGGCAGGACUUCCAAGUAAAACAACAGAGGACUAGCCAUGGGAUAGAAACAAUCUGGUGGUUUGUUGUGGCUUUGAACGACAACAAUAAUAAAGGAUAUGUGUUUCCUA